AUACGCGACGCGUCGUGAACAUUGAAUAGGUUACAUAUGCCAGGAUAAUAUCCGAGCGAAAGAACUUUAGACGUCGAAACGUGUGUUGCAGCCACAGACACGUCGCGUACCUCCUUCGAUUGCAAUUGCGUUGCAUCCCAAUCCUAUUUCUUGAUAUGCUCGUCUAUGAAUGUUGAAGCCACAAACCACCACUGAACAGCCUGGACAACCGGAGACGAGAUAACUUAAGAAUCUGGAUUGAUGAAGGUUAUACUAGCAAGUACAGGUGUAUUCUCAAUAUUUCUUCGUGAUGCAGGGGCAGUUAUCGCUCCCCCUGUUGUCGCACCCCCUGUUGUCGCCCCUCCCGUUGUUGCCCCUCCUGUUGAAGUCGAUGCCCCUCCAGUUGUCGCGCCCCCAGUUGUAGUUGCUGCCCCUCCAGUUGUUGCGCCUCCGGUUGUAGUCGUUGCACCUCCAGUUGUUGCGCCUGCCGUUGUCGGACCUCCCGUUGUCGCAUCUGCGAGUCUGGCGGAGGCAGGCUUAGCGGGAGCUUCAUCGAGUAUCUUCUGCGCGUCAUCCUCUACCUGCAAAUGGCAUGUACCAGACAUACUAGGAUGGGACGUUGGGCAUGAUGCUUGCCAGUCUGCAACUCGUCCCAAAUACAAAGUGUAUAUACCAAGAAUAAUGCAAUCUGAUUGGCAGGCCCCACUUUCUCAUGGCUCCCGAGAGAUUUGGGCCACGCUGAUCAGAGAAACUUUGAAUGUCAAACAACGCUCAUGUUCUGAGUGAGGACUUGAGAUUGAAAGACUGACGUCGCUAUGUUUUCGGUGCUAUUUGAGACAUGAUUUCGAUCCAUUUCCAGGAGAAUAACAGAGGAAUAAACAAAAACGAGACAAACAA